GUUUGGUUUCACUCUUCAGACUUUUUUUUUGGGGGGACUCACUCUUCACUGAAGAGUCUUCAGACUUCAGAGUGCCCCCUGGAGUCAGCCAACAAUGGCGCCGCCGCGCGCGCUGCCGCUGCCGCAUUUCACCCUCCCGCCCCUCGCCGGUGAGGACCACCUCUUCGUGGCAGCGCUCCGCUCCCACAUCUCUGCCUCACCGACCCCCGCCGCCGCCUCGCUCUCCCGCUUCCUCCCGGGCCUCACCCCGCUCCGCCUCACCCACCUCAUCCUCCUCCUCGGCCCGCUGCUUGCCAAGGCGAUCCCUCACGGCCUCCUCGCCGCCCUCAUCCCUUCGCCUCCUCCGCCGCUCCCGCUCGCAGUCCUGCUUCACUCCCUCCCGCCGCGGCGCUGCGCCGAGCUCCUCGCCUCCGUGCUCCCCUCCGUCACGCCGCACGCCUUCCCGGACCUCCUGCAACACGUCCUCCUCACCGCCCGCCUCGCCGCUGGGGCGCAGCGCGCCGCCGCAGUACCGGCCCUCGACGUCCUCUUCUCCUCAUGCGCGCGGGACAAGAAGCUUUCCCGGGCCACGCUCGCCUACCGCGCCAUGCGCGCGCACGGCCUGCUACCGACCGUUCUCUCCUGCAACGUCUUCAUCUCGGCCGCGCUCCGGCUGCGGCGCCCCGAGAUCACCGUCUCUUUCUUCCGGGAGAUGCGCCGUUGCCGAAUGUCGCCCAACGUGUACACGGCCAACAUGGUGAUGCGAGCACACUGCGCCCUGGGGCGGGUCGCGGAGGCGGCCCAGGUGCUCGAUGAAAUGUCCGACUGGGGGAUUAGCAGAACGGCGGCCAGUUUCAACACGCUAAUUGCCGCGUACUGCAGGGACGACGGAGGAAUGGAGCCCGCAUUGAGGCUGAAGAAGAGGAUGGAGCAGGAGGGGCUUACACCGAAUGAGGUGACGUACAACGCCAUCUUGCACGGGCUGUGCAAGAAGGGAACCAUGCAGCAGGCAAACCGGUUGGUGUCCGAGAUGAGGGCAAAUGGGCUGGCGCCAAACACAGUCACGUUCAACACGCUGAUUCAUGGGUAUGUGAAGAUUGGCGAUAACGAGGCGGCAUCAAGGGUGCAUGAGGAGAUGGUGAAGGCCGGAGUGGGGGUUGAUAUGGUGACAUAUAAUGCACUCAUUCUUGGGCUAUGCAAUGAAGGAAAGGUGAAGAAGGCUGGGCGUUUGGUUCAAAAGCUUUGCAGGGCCAAGCUUGAGCCGAAUGCGUCAACUUUCAUGUCGCUGAUUGUUGGGCAGUGUAAGAGGCAGAACUCGGAGCAAGCGCUGGAUGUGUUGAAUGCAAUGAAGAAAAGUGGCUUCCAUCCGAAUUACGACGCGUAUAAUAUGGUUGUAUCCACUUUCUGCAAGAACAAGGAUUUUGAGGGAGCACUUGAUGUCUUGAAGGAUAUGCUUGCUAGGUGCUUGGCUCCUGACAAGGACUUGUUGCAUGAAUUCUUUGAAGGCCUCUCCGAAGCUAAAAAACUGCACCUGGCAGAGGACCUCCGUUCAGUGGCCAACGGUGAAAGAUUUAUUUCUGAUGCCUACUAUACUGGUGAUUAUAGGAAUAAAGAUGAAGAGAAGAACGAAUGGUAACUGCAUUCUGGACUACUAUGUCUAGCAAAUAUCCACAAUUUGUUGGUCAAGUGGAAUAAGAUUGUUCAAAGAAGUAAGAAUUCCAAAUUUCCUAUCUUUAUGAUCAUGCUGAUGGAACUUAUUUAGGUGUGUUCGAAGUUGUUUUCAGCAUAUUUGCACUCAUUGGUUCACCGUCCUUGUAGCACCUAGUUUGUUCUAGAUUGUCAAAAUACAAAUUCCGUGGAAGGACAGUCUAGCAAAAUUUUGGUGCAGUGGAAACCUGGUGGACUGCAUGCAACACAGAGGACAUCUAUAAAAACAUAAUCAGAUGUUGGUAUCCUUGCACUUUUCUGCAAUGACUUCUAUUUUCCCCUAUUAUGGGUGCAUACAUUGGAUGUGGACACCUGCACUAACAUAGCAUAGAGACCUGCAAUAUUUUCAUCAGAUGAGAAAACUGGAAAAAGCAAUAGUCUUUUUGUGAGUACAAUUUGGCACUCUCCAAGGUACUGCAGAAAACGAAUUUACUGCUUAUAUACAAAUUUUCAAUCAUCUAUAAGCACUCCACAAUAUUGUAACUGAGCACUCCACAAUAUUGUAACUGCCAUCGUGCUAGAUAUGUUCCUGCUGUAAGUUCCUUGACAACUUUAGAUAUAGUGAAAGUAAGCUUUAAUUUUCAAUUCUCAAGUGGAAAUGUGUUAAUAUGUGCAGACUUCUUAUGUUCUCCCUUUCUGGCCCAUGUUGGCCUUAUGGCCCGUUUGGCCCAUACUUUGUAUACUUGUAACCCUAGACUGAGUGGAAUAUAGUAGUCCAUUUUUCCCUUCUUCUCUAACAGAAAAGAGCUUGCCGAAUAGAUAGAUGCAACAGGCCUUCAAUACUCGAGUGGUGACACCCGAGGUUUUUAGCCAUCAAAUCUGAGAUGUGCAGGCCAGAUUUUCAUUAAAUUUGUACUAACCGAGAAUCAGGUGUUACUGGGGACUUCAACAUCUGAAUUUUCAAUUUUCCCAAGCGACAGUAACUUCAAUACAAACUUACUGGUCUUAGAAGGUCCAAAAACACAUGAAUUUUUCUUACCUCAUCUACCCACCAUCCCUGAGCAUGAAUUUUGUUACGUAUCUGAGGUACCUAAAGACGGGUGUUAAGAAGAUCGAAAAAGACUGGAGUGGCCUUUAUGUAUAAUGCUAUGGCUAGUCUUUCUUUAUAUGAGAACUGAAUCACUGAUAGUCUGAUACCUUUUUUCUCCAUUCCAGCUGGCUUAGAUGCUGGCACUAACUAAUAUCAGAAUUUUCUAGCAGCAACCAUCUCAAAGAAGGGCAUGAUUAUAAUUAUAAAGCUAUCUAAACAAUUAUGGUUGCAACAGGGUAUCCAAAUUCCAAAUAGCAGGUUUUAGAGUAGCACUGCUACCUAAAGCCACAGGUUUUAGAAUUGCAACAGUAUAUCAGAAUUGUGCCACCACUAUGUUGGUACCUCAAGGACAAGCAUUCAUAGAGUCCACCAUAUGAUUAGCUUGAGUUGUCAACUCGUACUCCUGUUGAGAUGUUACCAGAGCUAUAUGUACCGCAGAAUGACCCAUGAGCUUGGUUGCAUUCCAACUAAUAUAAGUGCCCAAAGUUUUUGUCAAGUAUUGACUGGUAUCGCAUCUUGCUCAUCCUACAAGAGACUCCACCGGUAACUCCUUGCAUCUAGUUAUAUCAUCAAAUGGCUUGAAUGGGUUAACAGCGGUAAGAGAGUGUGGCUGUGUUUUGAAUCAUUUAACAAUUAUCUCGAUUUUUUUUUCUUCUUAUGUUUUGACGAUCUGUGUCUGGAGCAUUACAUAUAUCUGUAUAACAGGAACCGAGGGAUCUGAAGGAGAAUAAAUCCCCAUGCACUAACCUUGCCUGCUUCAGUCAACCUUGGGAUUCGCACCCUUUUCUGUUAAACGAUAUGGCAUCAAAGAUUGCAGUUGCCCUACUACUAGCACACAACUCCAACCUGCAGGGUGCGAUUAAUACAGAAAUGUUCGACUGUUCUUCCUACCCCUGCAUGGCUGCAUGGACCUUCAGAUGGCGAAGGCAGACUAAAAUGAUCUGGCCAGGCCCCCAACCACCACCACCACCAUAAACUCGUGGAUGGCGUAUACAGCAAGAGCUGCUUUAAAGCAAAUAAUCUCUUGCAGCAUUUUGGAAUGUCACGAGAGAAGUUAUGGUCACGGCUUUUGCAGUCAUUGUAACUCCAGAAUACCUCAGACAGUUUCUUGACAGCUGCUCUUUUGUCUGUAUGCCAUAUUAUUUGUUGAAUUUGUCUUCA